AUGGAUCGAUUUAUAUCAUAUGAAUGUUUAUUUAUACUAAUAAUUAUUGGAUAUGUGAGAUGUAGUGAUAAAUAUCCUCAACCACCUGAAACAAUACCUCAACCACAAUCCGGGAAUUUAGUUCCUGUAUCUGAUAAUCAACAAACACAAACUUAUCAAACACAAACAAUAGUUUACUAUGGGCACCCUGAAACUACUCAAAAUUUCCCAUUUCCUCAACCAAUAAAUCAACCAUAUGUCCCUCAAUUUCCAACUCAAACUUAUCAAACACAACCAAUUAACUACUAUGAUCACCCUCAACCAAUAAAUCAACCAUAUGUCCCUCAAUUUCAACCUACGCCACAGACAGCACCAGUACAAUACUAUGUACCUACAAUAAUACCACCUGUACCAGUACAACACUAUGAAUUGUCACCUCAUCCAAUGACUCAACAACCAGUAUUGGUACAACCGUAUCAACUAUAUGUACCAGCUCAAAUCACUCCUCAACCUCAGCCUAUUCAACAAAUACCUCUACAGCAUAGACCUUAUCAACACACAGCUCAUCAUCAAUUUAGACCUCAAUAUCGUGGUCCUAGAGGGCCAUUUAGACAAGAAUAUCAUGGACCAAGAUAUCCUAGAUAUAGACCUCCAUAUUAUCAACCUAUUAGAUAUGGUCCUCCUGUGUAUUCUUAUCAACAAUCAGAUGAUUAUCAAAUCGUACAACCUGUUAACAAUUAUGGAACUCCUCCUAUUGCAGAACAAAGUGAAACAACCGAUAAGGUUAAAGAGUUGCAACCUGAACUUGUCAAACUUGAACUCGGAUCAGAUAGUGAAGAUGAAUAUUAUCAAACUACCAAGGGACCAGAAGGGAUUGAUAAACUAUCUGUAGAACAACCAUCUCAAAAUUCUGAUCAGCCAUCCGAACCAAGUGAUACAUAUAAGGAAUUAGAACCUAAACAUAUCCCAGUCGAAGUAAAAUCCGAUGAUGAGGAAAGCAUAUCUGAGCCAAAAAAACAUGUAAAGAAAUAA